CAAGAUUGCAACUAGCAUUCCGUAACUGCGCCCCUUAUACCCGCCAAAACCACCAUCUUCUUCCCCUCUCUCUCUCCAAACGACCAACCACCAUGGCGUUCAAGCUUCUUGUUUCUUUGCUCUGCAUUCUGAUCUCCACCGCCGUUUCACAACCGUAUUCUCCUCCGUAUCCCCAAGAACUCAUCAAUUCCAUCAGCCCGACUCUCUCACCUUCUUCUUCUUCAUUCCCUCCGGCCCCAACAGCUUCAACCGAGUCAUUUCAGACGACUUCCCUCGUCCCGGCGCUCUUUGUCAUCGGAGACUCCUCCGUCGACUGUGGCACCAACAACUUCCUCGGAACCUUCGCCCGCGCCGACCGCCUCCCCUACGGUCGAGACUUCGAUACCCACCAACCCACUGGGAGGUUCUGCAAUGGCAGAAUCCCUGUCGAUUAUCUUGCGCUCCGUCUCGGGCUUCCUUUCGUACCAAGUUAUCUUGGGCAGAACGGAAGAGUGGAGGAGAUGAUUCACGGAUUGAAUUUUGCGUCUGCCGGUGCCGGAAUUAUAUUCACCAGUGGCUCAGAAUUGGGUCAACAUGUUUCUUUCACUCAGCAGGUUCAGCAGUUCACAGACACCUAUCAGCAUUUUAUAUUUAGUUUGGGAGAGCAAGCUGCAAUUGAUCUCGUCUCAAAUUCGGUGCUUUACAUUUCGAUUGGAAUCAACGACUACAUACAUUACUAUUUGCGUAACGUAUCCAACGUGCAAAAUCUGUAUCUGCCCUGGGGUUUCAAUCAGUUUUUAGCAUCCACAUUGAGGCAGGAAAUUAAGAACUUGUACAACAUAAAUGUGAAGAAGGUGGUAGUGAUGGGGUUGGCACCGAUAGGCUGUGCGCCUCACUAUUUAUUUCAGUACAGAGUGAAGGAUGGUCAAUGUAUUGAGGAGAUAAACAACAUGGUAAUGGAGUUCAACUUUGUGAUGAGGUAUAUGAUCGAGGAGCUACGUGAAGAGCUUCCCGCUUCCAACAUUAUCUUCUGCGAUGUGUUUGAAGGUUCCAUGGAUAUUAUAAAGAACUUUGCACGUUACGGUUUCAAUGAAACUACUGAUGCUUGCUGUGGGUUGGGGGAGCACAAGGGUUUUGUCAUGUGUUUAUCGCCGGAUAUGGCGUGCAAUGAUGCUUCUAAUCAUGUCUGGUGGGAUCAGUUCCAUCCAACGGAUGCGGUCAAUGCCAUCCUAGCGGAUAAUGUGUGGAAUGGCCUGCACGCGAAAAUGUGCUAUCCGAUGAACUUAGAGGAUAUGGUAGUAUCGAGCUCCUAUUGAUUCGACGGCCAUACUCUCUAUAAAACAAAGAUCAAACGUAGAAGCUUCUCGAAAUUUUUGGAACUAUACUUUUUGCAUCAACUGCUUACAACAUUAAAUUGUACAUUUCAGUAUACAAGUGGCAUUUCUAAAUUUUCAACUGACUUCAGUUGGCAACUAAAAGUGCGUUGUAUAUUUUUCGCUUUUGGUAAUGCAGUGGGAUCCGAUUUGGAGGUA